AUGCUUAGAGGAAAGGUUUCAGCUUCCACCAAAGCUGCUCUAUGCAGCAAAUCUGGCUCAAUAUUGGGUUCAACUAAGAUUCAGACCCCAAAACUGCUCAAAUCGCCAGUUAGGCAACAAACAAUGGCAUAUGCAACCAAAAAAAGUUUUUCUCAAAAGUCCGGCGGAUCCGAUGAAAAACGCAGAACAACCCCAGCAAAGAAUAGAGACGGUUUUAUUUACUCUUUUGCUCAUACUGCUCCUUAUUCCAAUUUCCAUCUCAAAGCUCCAAAGAUUACCAACGAGGUUUUUGAUUUGGCCACUGUUUUUCCUGAAGACGUCAGCAAGAGGCUUCCUAAAUCUAAGGUUUAUGAAUACUCACAGAAGUCGAUCCCUUCGCUUAUUCAUCUUGGUAGCUUUAAUCCAGAUCAAAAAAAUGAACUCUUCAAUAAACAUAUCUCUCUUUUCCGCACUUCUUCUUCAGCUCAAAUUUUUGAUAUCCUUAAAGCUGGUAUCAGCUCUCCUUCAAGCGGGAAUAGAUUUUGCAUUACAGGUGCAAAGGGUUCUGGAAAGACCACUGCAAUCACACAUGCCCAAUCCUUUGCUGUUGAACAGGGAUAUGUUGUGAUUCAUAUUUCAAGAGCUCUUGAUCUUGUUUCCGGUCGUUAUGAUGCUUCGUUAGUGAAGAAUUCACGUCUUCAAUCAUCUGAUUCUACCGGCAGAGUUUUCAAUCAGCCAAUGUAUGUUAACAAUUUAAUGAGAAAAAUUGCCAAGGCCAACAAAGAUGUUCUUGGAUCGAUCAAUUUGUCGAAGGAAUACGAGUUUCCUGCUUCUAGAUCCUUUAAAGCUCUUAAAUUUACUCCGACUGACUCUCUUUACACAAUGCUCAUGAAUGGCCGCACACAUAUUGAAAAAUGCGAAGUAUUUAACGCUUUUUUGGAGGAGCUUUCUUUACAGAAGCAAGCACCUGUUUUAUUCACCAUGGACGACUUUAAUGCUCUUUCUCACCAUUCUUAUGCCGUCAAUAGAGAUGUUGAUAAUAAUCCCAUAUAUCAUGGCGAGCUCCAGCUUCCCAAAAUCUUUCUUGAUUUCUUUUCUGGUGAACGUACUUUCCAGAACGGUGUGAUCAUGACUGGUUUAUCAUCAUACAAAAAUGGAUAUACUAUCCCUCAUGGUCUUGGUCAAGGCAAGCCCUACGCCUAUGCUAAGUCAUCUGACUAUGAUCCCACUCUUGCUGGCAAGAUGCGUGCUAACGGUGGUGUCAAAGCAAUUAAUAUUGAACCUUUAACGCUGGAAGAGACUGAGGCUCUUCUCAAAUAUUACUCUUCUGGUAAAGUUAUACACCAACCUGUUGAUGAGUCGUUUGUUCAGCAAAAAUAUUUUCUGAGUGGUAAUGGCAAUCCAUUAGCUCUUUUGAAAAGUUGCAUUGAAGUUUACUAA